AUGGGGGCCCGCCAAUCCAGGGCCCGCCAAUCCAGGGCCGCCAAUCCAGGGCCCGCCAAUCCAGGGGCCGCCAAUCCAGGGGCCGUGAUCAAAUGGAAACCCCAGGCUGCCUUCAACCAGACCCAGUCCAGUUCCUUCUUGCGUGACCCUGUGGAGGGGAGGAACAGCACCAAUUCCACCAGGACCCUGAGGCUGUCAGACGCGGUCAGUGCCACCUGGUACAUCCUUGCCAUCAUCGGCAUCUAUGGUGUGAUCUUUGUCUUCCGGCUGGCCAGCAACAUCCUCAGGAGAAACGAGAGCUCCUUGGAGAACACUUAUUACUCAAACUUAACUUCCGAACUCAAAAGGAAAGGGUUUCAGAGCAAGGUGGCUAAGUGCUCCCUGAUCAUCCACAAUACAGCUGCCCUUCAGCCUCAACAAGAUGACCCAGAACCAAAGGGUGAAGAUGGCAGGCUCCACACGGGAACCCAGGCGGUCCCUUGA